AUGAAGUUCUUCUCCUCCUCACACGAGUUCGACUACAGCUGGGAAGAGGUCAGCACGUGCAACUGGCGGAAAUACUGCCCUUGGAACGACAAAUCCACGCACGUAACAGCAGUCGACACACUCUCGCGGAGCCUCAACCCUUCCACCGGAAUCCUACGCACCGAGAGGCUCAUCACAUGCAAGCAAUCUGCGCCCUCGUGGAUGCAGACGCUACUCGGGCAAUCGAGCGAUACAUCGCACGUGUACGAAGUCAGCUACGUGGACCUGCGAGCGAAGAAGGUGACCAUGUGCAGUCAGAAUAUGACGUGGAGCGAUCUGUUGAGCGUGCAAGAGACGGUGAUCUACAGGCCGGCGAGGGAAAUGGGCAAGACGGUUUUCGAGCAGAAUGCGAAAAUCAUUGCGCUCUGUGGCGGGUGGCAGCGGAUCAAGAACAAGAUCGAGGAGUUUAGUGUCGAGCGGUUCAAGCAGAAUGCUGUGAAGGGGAGAGAAGGGUUCGAGAGGGUAUUGGCGAUAAGUCGGGAGGUGUUCGCGGAGGAGCGGAGGAAGACGGGGCUUGCUGCGGCUUAG